AUGCCGCCGAAACGUAUGACCGCGAACCCCGUCAGGCCGGCGCGCUACCGCGCAGGCAAGCCAACAGGGGCCUCCUCUUCGUCAGAAUCAGAGGGUAGCGACGCCGAGUCUGAGCAGGAGACCGCAGAGUCGAAGCGCAAGAUCGCCCCGCCGCCCAAGGUCCCGAGCGCCGGCAAAAUCAUUAGCAGCGGCUCGAUAUCAAAGGUCGACCUGAACGCCAGGCGGGAGGAUGCGGCAGAGAAGGAGGCACAGCGUGUGGCGGCUGCCAAAGCCCGCGCGGAGCUGGAAAAGAAGGCCGCUGAGGAGGGAUUCGUGACCGAAGACGAGGAGGAUGACGAGGAAAGUGGCAGCGAGGAGGAAAGCUCAGAAGAGGAAGAAAGCAGUUCUGAGGAGGAGGCACCGCGGAGGCUCAUGAUACGGCCAAAAUUCGUGCGGAAGCAAGACAGGGAGAAGAGCGCCGGCGACACAAAUGGCAAAGGAGCUGCGUCAAAAUCUGAGGAUCCGGAGGCCGAUGCUGAGGCUGCCGCGGAAGAGGCGCGAAGGAAAGCGGCGGACGAGCUGGUAGAAGAACAGAUCAAGAAGGACAUCGCAGCGCGAGCUGCUGGCAAGAAGCAUUGGGAAGACGACGACGACGAAGCUGGGGAUGAGGUCGACGACCGCGACGACUUGGAUCCAGAAGCCGAAUACGCAGCGUGGAAACUCCGAGAGCUGAAACGGAUUAAGCGCGCACGCGAAGCAAUCGAAGCCAAGGAACGCGAGCGAGAGGAGAUUGAGCGGCGCCAGAACCUGACAGAAGAAGAGCGGCAACGCGAAGACGAAGAGUUCCUCGAGAAACAGAAGGAGGAGCGUGAGAACCGCGGCAAGAUGAGCUACAUGCAAAAAUACUUCCACAAGGGCGCUUUCUACCAGGAUGAGAGCAAGUCUGAGGGCCUAGACCGUCGCGACAUCAUGGGUACACGUUUCCAGGACGAUGUACGCAACCGCGAGCUGCUCCCCAAGGCACUGCAGAUGCGUGAUAUGACGAAGCUGGGUAAAAAGGGCGCAACAAAGUAUAGAGAUCUGAAGAGUGAGGACACAGGACGCUGGGGCCAGUUUGAUGACCCACGCUACUCCAAGAGAGAUGAUGGCUACGGCUACGAUAGGGGAGGAGACGACAGGUUCCGCUCUGACCGGGAUAGGGACGGUGGCAAGGGCGCGAAUGCCAUUCCAUUAGGUCAACGAAAGACCGUCCCCGAGGCUCCUGAUGGGCCCCGUGGCGAUAGAUCCCGCGACCAGGAUCGAAGUACUUAUCGGCCCCGCGACGAUGACCGGGAGAGGAGGCGCUCACGGUCAAGAUCAAGGUCUCCCAGGCGAGAUGAUCGGGACGACUAUAGGGACCGCAGGAAACGAGAUUACUCUAACGAGCGCGAAGACCGUUAUGACAGUGACAAACGCCGGAGAGUAGAUGCCAGAUAG